UGGGAGAAGAGAAAUAAUGAAAGUCUCUAUCAAGAAUUAAACUGCACAUACUCUCACAGAAGUUACCCUUUUGAUGAGGAAGUUGAUUCUCAAUACAGAGCAACCUGGACUCGGGGGUAGACAUAGCCUAACAUCGUGGGCUGAAUGUAAAUCUGUACAGCGUUAUGAAAAAUUCCCAUCAACAAACAAUACGGUGACAGCAGAGAAAACUAAGAAAAUAGAGUAUCUUCUCUCUACUCCCGACCGUAUCCAUGCGCGUAUUUUUGUAAUCCUUCCGAUAUAAGAAAAAACCUAAAGGAAUUUAUUCUUAAGAAUGUUUUAUGUAGGCUUUUUGAAGCAGUUGUGAUGCUGCGAGUGGUUAAGUGGUAGAAAUUGUCUCAAGGUGUGGGGCUGACUUUCCAAAGUUGUCGGAGUCGGCUUCUGUAGACUUGACAGACCUUACCCACAUUUUGAUAAUUUUGAGUUUUUUGGGGGGGAUACCUAACAAACUUUUCUUGUUUGAAGACAACUUUAUCAUACACCAGAGGGUAAUGGAGUUUCGCCUCACUUUGGAUACCCUACCGGUUAUUUUUGCGCUUAUUGGUUUGGUUUUUGGAUCCAGACCCAGGUUGGAGGAUGCCCCCCCGCGGAUCGUGGAGCACCCCUCCGACCUGAUUGUGUCCAAGGGCGAGCCGGCCACCCUCAACUGCAAGGCAGAGGGGCGUCCCAGCCCCAUGGUGGAGUGGUACAAAGAUGGCGAACGAGUGGAGACGGACAGGGAAGACCCGCGCUCCCACCGUAUGCUGCUGCCCAGCGGCUCCCUGUUCUUCCUGCGUAUCGUCCAUGGUCGACGGAGCAAACCCGACGAGGGGGUCUACGUGUGCGUGGCACGCAACUACCUAGGCGAGGCAGUCAGUCGCAACGCGUCACUGGAGGUGGCAAUCCUGAGGGAUGACUUCAGGCAGACACCCAGUGACGUGGUCGUGGCGGCGGGGGAGCCGGCGGUCAUGGAGUGCAUCCCCCCGCGGGGCCACCCAGAGCCCACCAUCUCCUGGAAGAGGAACAACAUGAAGGUCAACGACCAUGACGAGAGGAUCACCAUCCGAGGAGGAAAGCUGAUGAUUUCAAACACGAGGAAGAGCGAUGCGGGCAUGUUUGUGUGCGUGGGCACCAAUAUGGUAGGGGAAAGGGACAGCGACCCAGCAGAACUAGUGGUGUUUGAGCGGCCCAUGUUUGUUAAGCGUCCGGUGAACCAGGUGGUGUUGGCUGAUGACACAGUGGACUUCCUGUGUGAGGCCCAUGGAGACCCCGCCCCCACCAUCCGCUGGAGGAGAGAGGAGGGAGAGCUGCCCCGCGGCAGGUCAGAGAUCCACAGUGACCACAGCUUGCGUCUGACCCAGGUCCGGGCUGAGGACGAGGGCACCUACACCUGUGUGUCUGAGAACAGCGUGGGAAAGGCAGAGGCAUCGGGCAGCCUGCAGGUCCACGUGGGUCCGUUUAUGCCCCCUGAGAUCGUGGUCCGACCCCGGGACCAGAUCACAGCCCAAGGUCGCACCGUAACCUUCCUCUGUGGCACCAAGGGCAACCCCCCACCCGCUGUGUUCUGGCAGAAAGAAGGCAGCCAGAUCCUGCUGUUCCCAAUCCAGGAAGCUGCCCAGUCCGGCCGGUUCUCUGUGUCUCUGAGCGGGGAGCUGACCAUCACAGACGUCCACAGUGAGGACUCGGGAUACUACAUCUGUCAGGCCAUCUCUGUGGCUGGGAGUAUCCUCACCAAGGCCCUGCUGGAGGUCGAGAGUGCACCCUCCGACCGAAUCCCGCCUAUCAUCCGCCAAGGGCCGGCCAAUCAAACGCUGGCGCCAGGCUCCACCGCCCAAUUUCAGUGCCAAGUGAUGGGCAACCCUCUGCCCAGCAUCCAAUGGGAGAAGGACGGCCAAAGAAUACUGGGCGACGAGCGUGUCAGCCUGAUGGAGAAGGGAACGUUCCAGAUCACAAACCUGCAGGAAACCGACUCAGGGGCCUACACCUGCGUGGCUUCCAGCUCGAGCGGAGAGACGACGUGGAGCGGAGUACUCACAGUGAAAGAGAGUGGAGGUUCAUCUGUCCCCCAGGCAUCAGAACCUUUCCAGCUGCCAGGACCGCCCCAGAAGCCUGUGGUUACCGACGUGACCCGCAACAGUGUCACCCUCACCUGGCAGCCCAACGCCCAUGAGGGAGGCGCUGCCGUCACCUCCUACAUCAUUGAGGCCUUCAGCCAAUCAGCGGGCAGUACGUGGCAAACGGUGGCUGACCUGGUCAAGUUGGAGAAACACACAGUCAGCGGUCUCUUCCCCAACACCAUCUAUCUGUUCAUCGUCCGAGCGGUCAACGCUUAUGGCCUGAGUGACCCCAGCCCCAUCUCUGAGCCCGUCCGCACACAAGAUGUGAGUCCUACCGGUCAGGGAGUGGACCACAGGCAGGUCCAGAAAGAGCUGGGAGAGGUGGCCGUUCAACUUCAGGAGCCUGUCACGCUCACUGCCUCCAGUGUUCAAGUAUCAUGGACAGUGGACCGUCAGUCCCAGUACAUCCAGGGCUACCGGAUUCUCUACCGGCCCAGCGGUGGCACCUGGCAGCUGCAGGAUGUCAAGGCCCCGUCGGAGCGCCUGGCCGUGGUCGCUGACCUGCUCAAAGGCACUGAGUACGAGAUCAAGAUCCGGCCCUAUUUCGACGAGUUCCAGGGCAUGGACAGUCGGCUGCUGCUGGUCAGAACACCAGAGGAAGGGAGUUGGGUUUUUUCACCACUUGAUCUUCCUUCUUUCCCUGCAGUCCCGAGCGCCCCUCCCAAAGCAGUCACUGUGGUUACAGUGAAGCUGAGCAACAGCUCCAGCAUUAGUGUCUCCUGGGAGCCUCCCCCCGCCGAGAUGCAGAAUGGAAUCAUCCAGGAGUACAAGGUGUGGUGUGUAGGCAACGACACCCAGACCCGCUACCACAUCAACACCACCGUAGAUGGCACCUUCCUCUCCACUGUGCUCAAGGGGCUGCUGCCAGGUAUCUUGUACCAGGUGGAGGUGGCAGCAGUGACCAGCGCAGGAGUGGGCACCCACAGCCAGCCUGUGUCCAUCCUCAUUAAGCUGCCAGCGGAGGCACCUUCAGUGCCCGGUACCAGUGAGGGCGAGGACGGUGAUGAGGGCAGCCUGAGCCUGGCCGAGCAGAUCACUGACGUGGUGAAGCAGCCGGCGUUCAUCGCUGGGAUCGGCGGGGCCUGCUGGGUCAUCCUCAUGAGUUUCAGCAUGUGGAUCUACUGCCGCCGCAAGAAGAGGAAGGAGCUGAAUCACUAUACCGCAUCGUUCAACUACACACCUGCAGUUGGCUUUCCACAUGGAGAGGCAUCUGGACUCAAUGGAAGGCCUGGCAUGCUGGGUGGCAACAUGGGCAACUACCCGUGGCUGGCAGACUCCUGGCCCACCACCGACCUGGUCCACAGUGGCAAAGAGGCCGUCAACUGCUGCACCUCCAAACAUGACACUGCAGAGAGAUACUACAAUGAAGCGGGUAUAUCCAUCUACCUGAACCAGACAGAGAAGUACAGCACGGGCGAUUCCACCGAAGGCCCGAUCUACAGCACCAUUGACCCCACCGCCGAGGACCUACGCAGCUUUAACAGCCCCUACUCCUCCACCACGCCCUACGCCAGCACUCCAAUCAUGCCCUUCACCAACCAGGCGCUCCAGGGGUCUCACAGCCCCACAGAGCAAGAUGGCGGCCACUGGAUCACCCAGCCCGCCGGACCCUCCUCCCAGUACGCCCAGCCCGACCGCUGCAGGACGGACAGCGGUAAACCCAAGCAGAAGUCCAUGGGCAAGGCGGUGAAGACCCCUUCUAUGAACUGGACUGAAGCCCUACCCCCGCCCCCCUCCUUUGGGGAGCUGGAGGAGUGUAUGGUGGAGGAUUUGCCCAUAGAUGACCAUGAGGACAUGGAGCUAGGGUCUGAUGAGGAAGAGUGGUGCCCGCCCCUUCCAGAGAGGACCUAUCUGACCGAGGGUUGUGAGGAUGGUCCCGCCCCUCCCCUCAGGGGUGGCGCCUCGUCCCCCACCACCUCCUACAGUCACCAGUCCACCGCCACUCUCACGCCAUCGCCCCGAGAGGAGAGCCACCAUCCACCCCACGACACAGCACGCCUUCACCACAAUGACGGGCAGCAUCUAGCACGUAGGUUACCUUGUGGUCCCGUCCCAGUGCCCCGGGCGCCCAGCCCUCCCCUCACCCAGUCCAACCCCAACCUCUCAGCCCAGCAGCACGGUGAGGGCUCCGAGGGGGGCACGCCGAUCCGCAAUGGCUCGGCCCAUCGCCGUGACCUCAGCCAGGGGGCAACGCUGAGUGCUGACAAUGUCAGCUCCACCACACCUGUAAGAGCUCUGCCCUCCCCAGCAGACAACACACACACUCCCCCUGGCCAGAAGUCACGAGUGAAAAAGAAGACCUCCAAGGGCGGAGCUUACAGAAGAGAGGUGCUGAACCAAGGAGACCUCCCCCCUCCACCAGAGCCACCUCCAGAGAAUGGAGCAGUGUGGGGCCCAGCAGCAGCUGUAGACUGUGACAACACGUCCCUGGACAGAGAGGGGGGCCCCGGGCUCUUGUCGUCCAUAGAGAGGAGAGAAGGAGAGAGGUGCACUCCCAACAGGAAGGGAUCAGGACAGCGACGCCAAGACGAUGAGGACCUGAUCCCAUAUGGCAAACCCAGCUACCUGGUGGGGCGGGGGGGUCAUAUGUCCAGCAACUGCUCCACCACAGGAAGCUCCUCAUCGCGGGGCUCCACAGGGUCACGAGGGGGUCACUGCCUGGGCAGGAAACGCAACGAGGAAAUGAGAUAAGUGGAUACAGGAACCCUCUCACGGAAAAACAAAACACCUUCCUUUGAUGCCUCCCAUUUUCUUUUUUUCCAUCGCAGCAAAAAGCUAGAAAAUAAAGAAUAAGAUCACAUUCUAAGGAACAAUGGAAGAAGAACAACAUUUUUUUAUUAUUAUUAUGAUUAUUUAUGACCCUUGGGCUCAUCCCGCAUUCAUUUGUAAAUAGACAUCUCUGUACUCUUUUUACGUGGUCUCUGGAUACAGGGAAAGAAAAAUUAUAUUGUAUUUAUAAGGAAAAACACAAAUGUAAAAAAUGUCCAUUAUUAUAAAAAGUUAAUGUCUUGAAUGUGCCAACCUUUUUUUUGUAGAAAUGCAUACCGUUCGAAAAGCAUAAAGGCUAUUGCACUUGUUGUGGCGGAGAAACAACUAAAAAUAUGAAGCACAAAGUGUGUUGUUGUCAGGCAGCCGGCCGGACAGAUAACACUGCAGGGGUCCUCGUCCUCUCAGGACGCCUCUGCCUGUCUUCUCUGUCGUCUUUGGAUCCCUAUCGCCUGUGGUCCGAUAAGAAUGUCGUUAUUUUCUACCUUCUUUUUUUUUACAGAGAAAGCUUGUUGUGAACUGACGGACAGACGACGUUGUGAAAAGAUUGCAACCGUCACUUUUGAAGGAGUGUUGCUGCAACUGUGCGAUGACUUGUGUAUUCUGUUAAAAAAAAACGAAAUUACCUGUUCUGUCGACUAACUUUUUGGUAGUCUUGUUGUUUUGUAAAAAUACAAUAAAAUACAUUUG